UAGCAUCGGCCUUCAUUCUAUAGUAAAAGCUGAUCUGAACAGCAGACCAGAGAGAGAGAGCGAAGAGGAAGAGAGAUAAACUUCACAAAAGCAAGCUAUUUCUCAGGACUUAUAUUUAGUAGUCAUGUCUACAUCAUAUCUCCCAGCGACAACUGAAUCAAUUGCAGAGGCCUUGGAAGCUAAAAACCCAUCUGAGGCGAUUUCUAUUCUUUACCGCGUACUUGAUGACCCAUCAUCUUCCUCUGAAGCUCUGCGCAUCAAAGAGCAGGCCAUCACAAAGCUCUCUGAUUUUCUCAGAGAACAGAAUAGGGCUGAGGAUCUUUGCAGUCUUCUGACCCAGUUGAGACCCUUCUUUUCCUUGAUUCCCAAAGCAAAAACAGCGAAAAUUGUAAGGGGAAUCAUUGACUCUGUUGCUAAAAUACCCGGGACAUGUGAUCUCCAAAUUUCGCUCUGCAAAGAAAUGGUGCAAUGGACCCGUGCGGAAAAGCGUACAUUCCUUAGGCAGCGAGUUGAGGCAAGGCUUGCUGCACUUCUCAUGGAAAAUAAGGAGUAUUCAGAAGCUCUGACCCUACUGUCCGGGUUAGUCAAAGAGGUGAGGAGAUUAGAUGACAAGUUGCUUCUUGUGGAUAUAGAUUUGCUGGAAAGCAAGCUACACUUCUCUUUGAGAAACCUUCCCAAGGCAAAAGCUGCACUCACAGCUUCUAGGACAGCUGCAAAUGCUAUAUAUGUGCCUCCUGCUCAACAAGGCACCAUAGAUUUGCAGAGUGGGAUUCUCCAUGCAGAAGAGAAGGAUUAUACAACUGCUUACAGCUAUUUCUUUGAAGCAUUUGAAGCCUUCAACGCACUUGAAGAUCCCAGGGCAGUCUUUAGUCUCAAGUACAUGCUGUUAUGUAAGAUCAUGGUGAACCAAGCUGAUGAUGUGGCCGGUAUAAUCUCUUCCAAAGCAGGCUUGCAAUAUCUUGGGCCAGAAAUGGAUGCCAUGAAAGCUAUUGCUGAUGCUUAUUCAAAGCGAUCCUUGAAGUUAUUUGAGACUGCCCUCCGGGAUUUCAAGAGCCAGCUGGAAGAAGACCCAAUUGUGCAUAGGCACCUCUCGUCUCUUUACGACACACUUUUGGAGCAGAAUUUGUGCCGCUUGAUUGAACCUUUCUCACGGGUUGAGAUAGCACAUAUUGCGGAGCUGAUUGAACUUCCAGUUGAGCAUGUGGAGAAGAAAUUGUCGCAGAUGAUUUUAGACAAGAAGUUUGCUGGAACACUGGAUCAAGGUGUUGGGUGUCUUAUCAUUUUUGAUGAUCCAAAGCCAGAUGCCAUCUACCCUGCAACAUUGGAGACCAUCCAGAACAUGGGCAAGGUUGUGGACAGCCUCUAUGUCAGGUCGGCCAAGAUAAUGGCUUGAGGUUUUAUUUUGCUCUCAUUUGUUUGCAACUGCCACAUUGUUGUUUUUUCUGGUGACUUGUUAUGUGUUCUCUGAUUUGUCUCUGGUUUUCUAGGGCAUCAUAUUUCCAGUCAACUCAUGACUGAAUUUUUUUAGAUUUUGCUGUGUUGAUUUUUAAUGCAUUCAGACACCAUCAUGAGUAAAAUUUUAAUUUCAAAUGAUA